AUGGAAGGAAGAGGAAAAGUCAGCAUGAUCAACGGUGGAAAUGGAACUAGGAGAGGUACCAGAGAACACAGUGGCCGUCCGAUACCAAAGAGAGGGCAAGUCAAAGUUGGGAUUUUACUUGGCGUUGCUAGUUCUUUUGCUUCUAUCUUUGGCUCCACGAGAAACUUUCUUGGAUCCUAA